UCCAUGGCAACGGCUUGGGCCUUCCGGAAGAGCGAGCACUUCCUGUUCCGGUUCCUCCUUCCUGGCCGGCGUGGGGGCCGAGUUCGGGACGGGGCGCCAUGCGGCAGCUCUCACCGCUGCCUCCCCGCAUCCUGACGCCCCUGCCGGGCCUGCUUGUGGCGGCGGCGCUGGCGCUGGCGCUGCUUCGCGGGGAAGCGGCCCCUGCUCCGCGGCCCUUCCCGCAGCCCCACACCCCGCCGCCUAAGCGGCCUUUUCCUUCGGCGCAGUCAGGCCGCGAAGAGCUCUUUGAGGCCUCUCCGGACAGCACCGGCCCUCCCGACGCGGUGCCCAGUGGCAAUGGGAGCAGCAGCAGCAGCCUGGCCGCUGUGCCGCCCCCUCCCCAGGCCAGCCCGCCCAUGACCCAGCGCGCCCUCUCCGUGCUCGUCCUCGCCAGCGCCGCCCUCAUCGUCUACUUCGUCAUCCGGACCGUCCGACUUAGACGAAGAAAUAGAAAGACAAGGAGGUAUGGUGUUCUGGACACAAACAUAGAAAAUACAGAGUUGACGCCAUUAGAACAAGAUGAUGAUGAAGAUGAUACAACACUGUUUGAUGCCAAUCAUCCUCGAAGAUAAGUGCCUUUUGAGAAAGGGUUUCAAUUGCAGAACAACAGAAGAAGGUGGUUCAAAAGGAAUAAGAAGCCAAUAUUGGGACAGGGGGUAUAAACAUGAUGUAUAUAUAUUAUGGUAUCCUUUAGUUUGUUGCAAUAAACUCUUAACAUUUUAUUCUAUUUUUUGUAUAUACAGAUUUAUUUUCAGUUAAAGUCUAUGGAAAUAGCACACUAAACUUUAAACCUAUUUUAAACAGGGUAUUUUCUGUUCAUUUUCUGUAAUGUGGUCUUCUCUUGUGAGAUACAUUUGUGAGUUUCUUAGCCAACAUUUUUAAGUAUGUCAAAUGUAGUAAUUUAUUUAUGUGAUUUUUUUUGCAACAAGUCUUUCAUUUAAUAGCACUGUCUUGCCAAAUUGAAUCACUUGUGUCUCUGAGGAGUGUUGAUUUUUUUAAAUGGGAAGGUUAACGUGGAUAUACACUGUAGAUCUGUGAGAGUGAUGCAAAUAAAUGUUUACAGUAUUCAUAAUAUUGA